AUGAUUCAUGCUCUACGUGUAAGAUCGACCAAUCAAAUUAUCGCUGGCCGCACACGGGCUCACGAUUGGUCACGGCCGGGCGCCAAUCAGAAGCGGCCACACACUGGCGAUGAGCUGACAAGGGCGCCAGUCUCAUUCGUGCCUCCUUUUGGCGGGAGCAGGUUGCACGUGAGUGGGGUCCACUUCUCCGGUCGCGCCGCGUGUGUGGAACAGCUUUUCGGGGUCGAGCUAGAAUAUUGCAAUUCAUCCAGACGUAAACAUGCUGAAUCGGGAUGUGUAUGGAUGGUGGCAACUGUCCACCGGAACGGCUUGUUCCAACUUCACGAGACGGUCCUUUUUGACGACUCGGAGAAUCAGAGUCGCCAUUCGAAACGGGUUAGUGCACUGACGAGGUUGUGA